UAAACGACGAAAGGAAGAAUGGAGAUUGUAAGAGGUGGUGAUGCAAGCGUUCUUCUUAUACAUUGCUUAUUUUAAUCGUAAAAAGUUGAAUUUUGCCGACUCAAGUUCAUUACUAAUCUUUUCUUCAAAAUUCUUGGUAGCAAGGGACUUUUGCUUCAUUCCUCGUAGUGAGAAAUCAAGCAGACUCACACGUUAUACUAUUUUUCAAGUUUGGAUUUGGAAGAGAAAGUAAAGAGAAUAUGAGGUCUUCUAUAAGAAAAGCAAGGCCAAAAAUUAUUCAGACUAGUGACAAUGAAGAGGAGGAAGAAAAAGGGAAUGAAGCACCUACAAGCCUUUCGUAUCAAAAACCAUCCACUAGGAAAUCCAAGAAAAAACCACCCACGAAAGGGAUUAAGCCUAUCAAUUUGCAAGAUGAUGAACUUAAUGAAAGCAACCAAGAAACUGAAACAGGAUCAACAUUACCUAGAAUGAAAAAGCCAAAUCCUAUUGCGACGACGCACGAUUUAAUAUCCAGAAGAAGAGAGGAAUUAGAUUCAUCUAGUGGUUAUACCGAAAGCUAUCUCAAUGAGUUGAAAUCAAGGAGCCGGCAAACCCCGGCUCAAUAUACCGAUCAAGGGCAGCAUAGAACAGAAGAGCCCUUAAACAAAAAUUCAGAAAGUGCUAGUUCGCGGAUGCUGAAUCAAGGAAUUUCAGAGGUUUCAAUGAUACAAGAGUUAAAAGAACGUAAAGAACGACACAGAAAUCUUGGAAUGAUGAACGAUAACUAUAUUGCUUUGGAUACCGGUCAAGAGGUGUACCUUCCUGGGAAAAACGAUUCCGAAGACCGACUACUUCAACAUGAAGAUGAAGUAGAGGAUGAGGGUUACAAUGGAUUCAAUACAUUUGUGGAAGAUGAAAAAAGUCUCCGAGAACUACAUCGGUAUAGUCCAGAGACGUUACGAAAAAAAUCAAUUCAGAGUGCACUUGAGGAAAAUGAUAGAUCUAUGGAUGAGAGCGAGGACAUUACUGUUGCUGACCCAAUUCAUGCAUGGGAACAAGCUCAGAUUCAGAAAGGAGCAUUUGCAGAUCCAUCUACUUUCGUACAACUCCCUCUCAAAUAUCCAAAAAUACUUACUAUAGAAGAACAAAAACAACGCUUAAAAGAAGCUUUAGCUUCUGAAAAACUUCAACAAGAAGAACGAGCAGAAAUUAUGAAGGGCUUACUCGACCAAGAGAACGAGAUCUUACAAGCAGAAGAACGUAUCCAACAGUCUCUUUUGGAACUAAAUAGUCAUAUGAUUGAGAAUAUGAAUUCUCUUUCCUCUUAACGCUGUUGUAUGUAUACUGUUUAUGAAUUAUUUAUAAUCUACGCCUGUACAUCGUUUCUCCAGGGUUUAUCAUGAUAAAAUACUGUGCUAUAAUAAAUUAAGUGGCAUUUCAAAAUAGUCACUUUUGAGAUUAGGAUGAAUCUCUUUAUUAGUCACGAAGGUAUUGGAGUCUCUGCAUACCUUAUCUUUGUCGGACUAUUCUGAACGUCGAAUAUGAUACAAAACCUAGGUUAUCCGUACAUAUAGGGAGCAUGUUUGUAAAAAUCCUUUAAAUCGACACAUAAUGGGACUCCACGUACAUCGUAAUCACAUAAGCUCCGAAGCGGGACAUUAGCUAGUGAAGUAUUUCAGGAUUCUCAAGGUUUUAUCAACUACUCCCGCGAAAGUGUCAUUUACCAAAGUGUACACCCUUCGUACUUAGGGUUGAGUACAAAUAAAUAUCAAGAAUUAUCUUGUAUUUCUCUCAGCGGCAAAAUUCUCGGUCAAGGACAAACCUCGAGUCCUGAGUAGUCUAAUAAUAAUAGGUAUUUAUACAUAAGUUAAUUACUAUUACAAUAAACAUGAGAAAUGAACUAGGAAAAGUUUUAUAUCAACAACGCUUGGUGAGAAAUACGUAAG